UAGAAACGACCCCCAAGCCGCCGCCGGUGGAAACCGACCCGGCGCACACCUCUACUGGGAAGUUAUCUUCGCCUUAGUGAGUCCCAUUACGACUCCGCAACAGCACCAGAAGUUGUGGCCGAGGUCCCGUGUUUCGGCGUAACAGUUACAUCGCAGUCAUGGCCGUGCGGUACUUCCACCCGGCUGAUUACUGCGUGCUCGUGGCCGUGCUGGGCCUCUCUUCGUUCAUCGGCGUCUACUUCGCCUGGAAGGACCGCCGCAGCACCAACCACAAGGAGUUCCUCGUGGGAAACAGACAGCUACAGGUGUUUCCGGUGACGAUGUCGAUGAUGGCGAGCUUCCUGUCGGCGAUCGCUAUACUUGGUGUUCCUUCAGAAAGCUUCAUUCAUGGCGCCCAGUACAUGGUCAACUUCAUCGGUGUCAUUGUCGGCAUUGUUUUGGCAGCCCACGUGUUUCUGCCCGUGUUCUACGAGAUGGAUAUGAUCAGUGUGAAUCAGUACCUGGAGAGGAGGUUCAACUCUGUGCUCAUUCGAAAGCUUACGUGCGUCAUGACUACUAUCCAAAUGUGUUUCUACAUGGGAGUAGUACUCUACGCUCCGUCACUUGCACUUGGAUCAGUGACAGGCCUUCCUGUGUGGCUCUCCAUUGUGCUGAACGGAGGCGUUUGUGCCUUUUACACGGCAAUUGGUGGCAUCAAAGCCGUCGUUUGGACCGACGUUAUACAGAUGGUGUUGAUGCUUUCUGGGUUCUUCAUCGUCACCAUCCAGGGCUUGAUUAUGACUGGUGGACCUGCUGCAGUUUUUGAAGCUGUCGACAAACGUGGACUGCUGGAGUUUUUUGACAUGAGCUUCGACUUUCAGAAGACCUUCACCUUCUGGAACGUGGUCAUCGGCUGCUCUAUCGUCUGGAGCAUGGGAUUCUGCACCAACCAGAGCAUGAUACAACGCUUCUGCGCUCUCGGCUCCAUUCGCAAGGCACGCACGGCGCUGUACAUCAACAUGCUGGGCGUCAUAGGAGCGAUGACGCUAGCGGUUUUCUGUGGCUUGGUGCUUUUCACGCUCUAUGAACAGUGCGACCCCGUCAAGGCGUCCGUUAUCAACAAGUAUGACGAGUUGAUGCCGUACUUUGUAAUGGACACAUUGGAUUACCUGCCCGGCAUAGCUGGGCUCUUCGUCACAGCUGUCUACAGCGGAUCACUCAGCACGAUGUCGUCUGGCUACAAUGCCUUGGCUGCCAUCACAUGGGAGGAUUUCUUAAAACCGAAGCUGAAGCUGUCGCCGAGAGGCGUCAUGUGGGCAACGAAGGCAAUCGCUGCCGGUUACGGUCUCCUCACGGUGGUCAUUGCAUUCCUCGCCGGCAGCCUGCCUUCCAUUCUCUCGGCCACUUUUGUCACAACUGGAUCCUUCGGAGGUGCCUCUGGGGCCACAUUCUUCGUCGGUCUGCUAGUUCCAUGGUGCGGAAGCCGGGUUGCUUUGCUGUCCAUGGUCACGGGCAUGGGACUGUCCUUUUGGGUGGCCAUCGGAAGCAUGCUGUAUCCUAAAAAACCUGUGGCUGCCCUCACUACGCUCGAGGAGUGCACGUUCAACUACACUCUUAGGGUGCCCCCUCAUCGGACUUACUACUCCGGGGGCAUAUAUGAGCUGUACCAUGUGUCCUACAUGUGGAUUCCCGUCAUCAGCUUCCUCACCACUUUCCUCGUAGCGGUCGUUGUUACGCUACUCUGUGGUCUCAAGAACUCAAAUGAUGUUGACCCAAGCUUAAUAGCACCGUUCGUGAGGAAGCUGUACCUCAGGACGAGUGCCAAAGAGCACAAGGAACAAAAACAUGGUCUUACGAAAGCGGAGGAAAAUGCCACCGAGAAACCGCAGAAACUCCGCGAGAUCUUCAGCAUUUCCAACGGCCACGUGAACCUUGCCAUGACCAGUGACGAUGGCGUACAACACACCACCAUGUAGGAAUCCAAGAAGACGUGUUUUACGGCGGCAAAUUAUUUUCGCCGCUUGUGUACCUGAAAUUGUGAGACUUGAAAAUGCGUAGGAACCUUGGAACAGCUCCGCGAGCCCUGAGGGGGGGGAUCGUACAAGCCAGAGAUGUCAUUCAUGGCUGUCGUCUUGUAGACGCCAACCAAAUGCCACGUGCCAUCGCGAUGGCCUGGGAAGUGUAGAGGUCCAACAGGACUGUUGUCACUCGCUACGAAGGAGAUUCGAUCUCGUCUGAUUCAAUUUCACUUCCUCGCGUCGUGUCCGGUAGACAUAGAGACGUCGCGUUUGAAGCCCUGCUAUUCGCGUCGCUUUAUUUCUCAGCGUAACGCUUUUCUCUGAGAGACCUACAGGUUUCCGCGCGUCGUGAUUUCUUGUUUUCUAGGUGAUAAUUUUACCUCUUUGUUGCCUUUUAGCAUGCGUCAUCAUCCUCAAACUAUUUCGUGCACCGUGUUUGAGAUGCGCAGCACACUUUUCGGGCGUAAGAUUCGCAUUGUUAUGGUGCACUUGGUGCGCGCGCAAGAAGCAUGUCAUUACACUAAGCAACAAGCCAGCCAAGAUUGUCCACAGAUAACGUGUUGCCCGCGGUAAAAUUGUAAAUACGCAGGUUUUUUGUUGUACAUGACAACAAUGGUUAGUGCUUCCAUGCACCAUGACAGUAAUAGUUCGGCGUGAUAGCGCCCUCAUGAGUGCUGCUUGAAACUGGUCGGCACUUUAAAAUACCUGCGAUAUGUGACCCGCUAUUCCUUUAACGCGUGAUAAUGUGAGCCUAAACUGCUGGUCUUUAGCAAGUGCAAAAAAAGAAAAGUAUUAUGAAGCCUGGUUGAAUGACAUUCAAAUAGAGUUGUGUUCCAAACAGCAAGGGACAUCACGAUGAAGCUCAAGCCUCAUUUAGUUUGUUUUUAUGCCGAGUCUGUUUGUGUAAUGCAUUCGUCACAGAAAGUGGAUGCGCUAUACAACCAACUUUCCCUUGGUAUUCACUUGUUUCACCUGUGACCUUAAAACCUAGCACGAGAAAAACACUUCCAGGAAGUCCCCCUAGCUCCUGCCCUCUGAAAACUUAUCUCCGUAUUUUCUCUUUACUUUUCCCUCUGGUGCAAACUUUACCUCCGGCCUUCUAUGAAAUGAAGGUCGUUGCCCUUUGUUCUUUUCUCACCACUCUUUAGAUCAAAGUGGAAUUAUCCUACCAUCAGAACAGAAGAUGAACGCACUGACACCCGUGAACACUGAAACAGUUUCCUAUAUACAGUGAAUUAUUCGCACUGAUAUCAGAUCGCUCAAAUUCAUAAGAAUACCCUCUUCCAAGAAAAAACUCUUAAAACCGUGCCUCAUGCGGCUUUCGUGAAUGCUCGCUUUAUUACGCACGUAAUAUCGGCUGAAGCAUUGCGUGCUUAUGAACUACGUUAAGCGAUAUAAGGUCACAAAGUCAAGGUCAGGGGUCAGCGGUUAUGAAUACGCAUGGAAAACCGGACAUGCGCGGCAGUGCGUCGAGCACCGGGACCACACGCAGUUUGCCUUUUCAAUGUGUUUCUCGAUUUCGGUCUAGAAAAAUAGCAAAGGUAUCUAAAUAAUCUUAAUUCCCAAGCGCAGAACAUCUUUAACUAUAGUAUAGAGGCUGCCGCGGCUUUUCCAAACGCCGAGUGCGACUGCUACUCAGCUUUUCACUGCCACAGCGACAUUUCACUAUUCGACUGUAGCAAUGAUGUGUUUUUGACUAGAGUGAUAAUACAGCUGUAGGAGCUGUACGUGGCUCUGGUUGAUGCAAGUUUCACUGAACAAGCUCACCCGAGUUUCGUUACGAUCACGCUCAACUUCCGAAGUAGCGCUAGUCACCGAGUUUUGAAAGGCAUUCCGCAUUCGCGUUUGACACAACACACAAAAAUUGCAAGCACCUGCCAAAUGCGUUUCAAGCAGCGAAACUCCCAAAUAGUACGCGACACACGACUCAGUCACAUGGGAUUCGAAGACUCCUUUGAAACCAUUAGUAGCAAUUCUGCCUGUGCAUAAGUAAAGGGUCAUGUCAUAUAUGCUGCACUAACGCUUGUUAUGUAAAAACAGCUAAUUAAGUCGUGCGUUCACAUCUGUUACGUUAACCAUUGUUUUUAACCACGCACGGUGGUAUACAUUUACUUCCUUAUAGAAAGUUGAGACAUUCCGUAAUGUGCUUUUGUAUAUAUCUUGCAAUUUUUAAUUAAUUACUGUCAUCCACAUAGUAAAGCCACGUACAGACAAAACAUAAACAAAAUCUUACAUGCAUAUGACAAAACUGAAGCAACAUUUAUCGAUGAGAUAGCCGCAAGGUAUUUAUCUCGGGCUAAGCCAACAAUUUACCCAGAUUACACAGGCACCAAAAACAGAAUUAGAUGAAGAGAUUAGCGAAGAGGAAUUGAGAACAGCUCUACAAAAGCUUAACACUACAUCCGCCGGGACUGGACGGAAUAACGAACAAGACGAUCCGAGAUCUCGAUGAUGCCUCUCUAGAACAACUUACCAAGUAUAUAAACGAAUGCUGGCAAUCUGGUACAAUACCACAACAAUGGAAAACGGCCCAGAUUAUUCUAAUACCUAAACCAGGCAAGCGGCUACAGUUGCAGAACCUGAGACCCAUUUUACUCACGUCCUGUGUGGGCAAACUCAUGGAGCACGCUGUCCUAACGAGACUGACUAACUAUAUCGUGGAUAACGACGUUCUCCCCCCUACAAUGUUGGGCUUCCGGAGAAAUUUGUCUACAAAGGAUGUAAUGCUCCAACUUAAGCAUCAAGUUAGAGAUAACGCAAGUCGGAAUACCAAACCUGUCCUAGGAUUCGACCUAAAGAAAGCUUUUCACAGUGUUACCCACAAAACAAUACUAAACAAUAUAUGAGCUAGGCCUAGGCCAGCGAGUAUACAGUUAUAUACGAGACUUCCUUACAGAAAGGCACACAUUAAGAUAGGAGACCUUAACUCUGAAGAACUACAGAUCGGAAGCGCAGGUACGCCCCACGGUUCAGUAAUAUCACCGGUGCUGUUUAACAUGGCUCUUAUCGGAUUAUCAGCAAAGCUACAGGAAAUCGAUGGCCUCAAUCAUACCAUCUACGCUGACGAUAUCACCCUAUGGGUGAGCGAUGGCAGCAAUGGACAGGUUGAAAACACAUUACAACCAUCAGGGUAGACGGGAAAGCAGAGUGCGCAAUAUAUAUAAGUUCGCUAACAGCAAGGACACCACAUUUGUAGACGCAGCUAUAUACAGACACAAGCGCGCCUACACAGCAGUGGUGAUAAAUUACGAGGGAAAAUGCACGACGAGCGCUACAAUCGACACGCUAUACACACAGAAACAGCAGAGGAAAUAGCUAUCGCGCUAGCCAUAGCACAAACACAAGCGGGCAUAAUCAUCGGUGAUUCCCAGACAGCGAUGCGAAACUUCGCCUACGGUCGAAUCUCCCCAGAGGCACUACGACUCCUAAAAUUAGCUGAUAACCACGACAAAAGUGUCGAUCUCAUCUGGACGCCCGCUCACGCACUACCACACGGUAGCAAUGAGGCGGCGCACCGCAUGGCUCGAGAACUUACGGACCGAGCAUCGGUUAGCUCCGCCUCACCGACUACCGCCGAGUGGGAAGAUCGAAUGGCCAGAUUUCACGAAAUUACACACCAUAGAUUGCAGAGGCACACAUUCCCACCGCCUCACCCAAAAUUAAGCAAAAAUCAGACUGUCGAAUGGCGGCAUGCAGUUACAGAGCAGAUCCUAUCCGAGUCCAGCUAUCAUGCACCUAAUACACCGAGAUUUAUACACGACUGACAAGUGCAGACAUCGCGACUCUAAAGCCGCCCUGGAGCACAUCCUAUGGGAAUGUACGACUAUAAUACAGGAUAACGGUGAUGCAGCCUCAAACAGCGACAGCCUCCGCGUGCACUGGGAGUUUGUGUUGCUCAGCUCGGAGCUGCAGCACCAACUUUGGGCCGUCCAGGGAGAUGAGGAAGCCGCCAAGUGCCAACAACCAUUGGCCAAAACCUAUAUAGGUGGGGUCCAGGCCCACCCCACCAAAUCGCAGGGCACUCAAUAAAGUUAUUUGAAUAAAUGAGUGAAUCCAGACAUCUGUAUUUCCAGACAUCACUACAUCCCACGCGCUGAAUAUAUUUUUAAAAAGAACGUAUUGUUUAGAAAAGAAAAUGGUGUCCCUUAAUUUUAGUUCUAUAAUUCAGCAUUUGGGUAAGUGUAUACAGUGUACUACUGGGGUAUCGAAGCAGCUGCGCUUUGAGCAUUGUGCCGUUUCCGCAAGAGUUUUACUGAGUGUUUUACAGCCGAGUUUCCAUUGCCUAAAACACGCAUAAAUCAGUGUAUUUAAAAUAGCUAACCAACGCGUCCAGGAACCCGCCGUGGUUUCUCAGUGGCAAUGGUGUUGGGCUGCUGAGCACGAGGUCGCGGGAUCGAAUCCCGGCCACGGCGGCCGCAUUUCGACGGGGGCCAAAUGCGAAAACACCCGUGUGCUUAGAUUUAGGUGCACGUUAAAGAGCAAGAGGUGGUCAAAUUUCCGGAGUCCUCCCCUACGGCGUGCCUCAUAAUCAGGAAGUGGUUUUGGCACGUAAAACCCCACAAUUUAAAUUCAAUAAAUUUUAACGCGUCCAGGAUAAUCUAAGACACCGCCAUCCGAAUCGAAGCCUCGAAGCUUUUAUACAAUAUCUCAAUAAUUGCAUUUCAACUAGCUCGUUCGUUAAAAACAUAUUAUAGUUCGCAAAAGCUAAACUGCUAAACCUUGUAGCCACUUGUACCAGCUAGUUUGCUGUCUUUCAUGACCGCAAUUAUGGUUUACAUGUUUCACGUGCCAGAAUGUACAUUUGUCCGUUUACCUCACUCAAUUCACAGAAAUAAACAAACGUAAAACAACUACCCAUGUUCGCGAAAAAAGAUUGGCGUUUGUUUGGUUUCAUUACGCUGUUUCUGGCGCAGUCACCAUAUCUGUGUUUGUUCAUGUCACCGAUUUUUUCCUGCAGUCUAGAUGGAUAUUAAGGUUUAUUCAUAUUGAAGCCAUAAGUUCAUCUGCUAAGUUAAUUCAAGUUGUCACAAACCGCGCUUUGUUCUUUAAGUAUGCUUAGUAGGUAGGUAAUUCGAGUUUAAUGGCGUAAAAGCGACUAAGGCCAUGCUGCGCCAGUCACAGGACAGUAUGUAUGUUUAGUGUCUUGCAGUAUGAUCUUCCGGGCAUAAGCGUUACUUGUUAAGUCAAUUGUAAAUUCUACACCCUCCCUGGAAUGUUUAGAUGAAUUGCAAUUAUAAGCACGCCCAAGUGAUCUCUUAAAUAAAAAAGGAGUGUUUGUAAUUUAAAGAGGUUACAACUGUAUAGAUGCCUAGCACCUAAUUCAUUUGGUAUGCAAAUUAAGUACGUCGUCAACAAUUCUUGAAUGACACUUCUUUACUGUUCAGCUGUUUUAUUGAAUGUAAGCACUGUCGAUAGUGAAAUUUUCAAAUGUUUUAAACAUCCACCACCUAACCGUGCUCUUGUAUAUCUUUAUUUUUUGUUGAUGUUGUUGGAAAUUCAGUUUCUGCCGGUUGUUCAUUCGGGCUGUGUCGGAAGUCGAGCAUUCCAUCGAUGUGCGAAUUGUCCUUGUGUAUAUAUGUACAGUCUAUAUUUACACUGAGAAAUAAAGACGGUGCGCUUGUUUCA